AUGGCUGGCGGAAGCUUCGAGGUUCUGCCCAUUGUGUCCCCCCGACACUGCCCUCUUCCGCCUCACCCCCCGCACUGGCAACCUUCCCCCGAUAUCCCCCGCGGGUCCGCGGCGGCAGGCCCCCGCGAGUCCGCGGCGGCAGGCCCCCGCGAAUUCCCCCGGCAGCACUGCGGCAGACGCGCGUCGCGUGGCGCCGCCGAUGCAUGCGCCGCCGUUGCGCGCCUCGGCGGCGGAGAAAUCAUCCUCGAAACGGGAAGCGGCGACACAGCGCUUGGAGCAGGAAGCAAAGCCGCGCACCGAGUGGAGCCGCAUGAAGACGGGGAGAAGGCGCACCAUAUAAUCUCCCCGCGCGAUGGUGGAGACUCCCGCGGAAGCGUCAAGCAUUCCCGCGCAAGCGGCGGGCACUACAAUCUUUUCUCGCGCAGCAGCAGCAGGGAUGACGCGCAUUCACGCGGAAGCUUCGGUGAUGACGCGCACUCCCGCGGAAGCGGCGGCGGGGACGACGGACAUUCCCGCGCAAGCGGCGGAGAUGACGCACACUCCCGCGCAAGUAGCGGACACUACAACCUCUUCUCGCGCAGCAGCACGCGGAAAGAACGAGCCGUUGCCGCCGCAACAAGCGCCGCCACUGCUGUCGCGACAGCAGCAGUGGCCACUGACGAACCAUCACUACUAGUGGCGAGACAAAUGACGUCAGGAUCAGCUGCCACGUCAUAUUGCGGUUCGGACUCGUCGUUCGGGGAUCAAACCGCCGGCGUUGGAUUUCCCGCCCGCUACCACGACCCGCUUUCCGCCUCCCCCCACGCUCGCGCGUUUCCCCCGCGGCUUCCGCACCCGCCGUCCCCCUCCAGCUGUCCGUUCCCGUUUGCAACAGGAGUAGCCGCAGCAGCAGCGGCGGCGGCGGCAACACCGGCAGGAGCAGAAGCCGACACGAGUGCGAUAAAGAAGCGGUUGAGUGCGAUGAUGCAGUUUCCCACGUGGGAGCAGCAGCAGAAGGAGCGGCAGAAGCAGCAAGACGCGGCGGCGAGUACGGCGCAGCACGCGCUGAGGCAAGCGCAGGAGGAGCUGCUGUUUCCCAAGUUCCAUGCGCCCGGGCAAGUGGAGCCGUUGCACGCGCCGAAACAACCGCCGCAACAACCGCCGCAGCAGCAGCUCAAUCCGCUUAUAUCCUCCGCGCAGGAGGCAAAACUGCUGGAGACAAAAUUGCCGCCCGGAGUGCCGACAUUCGGCAGUAGAGCCGAGCACUCGGCGACUCCAGACAGCAGCGAUCAUGGCGGCGGCGUGGCUUGGGGCAGGGGGAUGCGCAGGGGCUACGGGGAGUGCGGAGGCGUGGAGAGCGGUACUGGUGGGUCAAACAGUGGUGUGGUUCGGCCUGCAAGCCGAGGGAGUGGCGACGGGGGUGUGGGGUGGGGGAGGGAUGAGGGGAGAAGCAACACAUUGCCGGGGGGACAUGGCAUGUGGGGCAGGGAGCAAGGGACGAGUGGCGGUGAGAGUGGUGGAGUGCGGUUGAGAGACGUGGGGAAGGUUGACAGGGAGGGCGGUGGGAUGUUGAGGAGUAACUGGGAGUGUGGCAGCGUGGGGUGGGACCACGGAGAGUCCCACAGCAUGGGCAGCAACGCUAGCAGCAGCGUUGAUAACAGCGUUGCAAACAGCAGCUAUGGUCAAUCUUCUUCCCACGGAAAUAUUUUUGAGUCGACUCAAAAGCUGUCCCACCACGCACGCGAUUCGGCAUAUCACACACGCAACGCCCACCACUACUCUCCCCCUGUCGGCCACGUGUCCCACGGCUAUGCUGACUCAGCAUCAGGCGCAGCAGCAGCCUUCAUGCCGUCACCACCUGGCAGCACACCCGCAUCGUCCGGUGGAAUGACAUCAGGCCACGUGGCAACAUCCCACGUGGCACCAUCCAACGUGGCAUCAGGCCACGUGGCGUCAAAUGGCGGCUGCAGGGUGUUCUCUCCGGAGCAGCUGGUCGCAGCAACCAACGGCUUCCACCCCUCCAACCUGCUCGGCGCUGGCGCCUUCGGCCAGGUGUAUAAGGGCAUUCUGCUGGGCUGCGAGGUGGCGAUCAAGAAGCUGGAGGGGAACGGGUGGCAGGGCGAGGAGGAGUACGGCACAGAGGUACACGUGCUGUCGCGCAUGCGCCACCCGCACAUCGUGCUGCUCAUGGCUGCCCCGCCAUCAACUGCCUUUGCUGCUACCAACACCAUGCCUGCACUCUGCCGCCCGCUCUCCUGGCCGGAUCGGAUCAGAAUCUUAUCCGAGAUCUCCGGUGCGCUGCUCUACCUGCACCAGCACUCCCCCCCGAUCGCGCACCGGGACUUAAAGCCCCAGAACAUCCUCCUCGAUACAAGCCUCCGCGCCAAGCUGGCAGACGUCGGCCUGGCUCGCCUGAUCGACUGCGGCAACGGGGACGAAUACAACGGUGGAGAUGGGUCCGGAGGGUACGGAGGAGGAGGAGGGGGGAAUGUGACGGCGAGAGUGAGGGGAACGGUGGGGUAUAUCGACCCAGAGGAGUUGGUUACGUGUGAGGUGUCUGUGUUAGGGGAUGUGUAUGCGCUGGGGGUGGUGAUGCUGCAGAUGCUGAUGGGGAUUCCGGAGUGGGACCGCGGUGCUGCUGCUGAGGUGGCGGCUAUUGCAAUCUGCUGCACCAACAGGAGGCGAGCAAGCCGGCCGGAUCUUGAAAGGGAGGUGCAUGAGGUGCUGAUGCAGUUGGCAGAGGAGAGUGUGGGGUGUGCGGGGAGGCAGCAGGAUGCUUCCAACAGUCACCUGCUCUGUCCCCUGUCUAAGGUGAGUGAGUUUAUCAUUCCUGAAAGGGAGGUGCGUGAGGUGCUGAUGCCACUGGCAGAGGAGAGUGCUGGGUGUGCAGAGAGGCAGCAGGAUGCAGCCAACAGUCACCUGCUCUGUCCCCUGUCUAAGGUGAGUGAGUUAAUCAUUCCUGAAAGGGAGGUGCGUGAGGUGCUGAUGCCACUGGCAGAGGAGAGUGCUGGGUGUGCAGAGAGGCAGCAGGAUGCAGCCAACAGUCACCUGCUCUGUCCCCUGUCUAAGGUGAGUGAGUUAAUCAUUCCUGAAAGGGAGGUGCGUGAGGUGCUGAUGCCACUGGCAGAGGAGAGUGCUGGGUGUGCAGAGAGGCAGCAGGAUGCAGCCAACAGUCACCUGCUCUGUCCCCUGUCUAAGAUGCGGAUGAGAGAACCGGUGGUGGCAGCAGAUGGGUACACAUAUGAGAAGACAGAGAUUGAGAAAUGGAUGGAGACCAGCAGCAGAUCUCCCAUAACAGGAGAGCUUUUUGCGCAUCCCAUGCUCACUCCGAACAAUGCAAUGAGUGUUAUCAUCAAAUAA